GACAAUAUAUUAAAAAAAAAAGAUCACAUCUUUGUAACUUCUCUUUUUGUUCUGCUCGCUUGUGCGCCAUUGCGCCGGAUGUAGAAGAUGUUUUUCGUGAUCAUGGAGCCUGGAUUCUCGGCUUGAUUACAGGGAGUUCUGGUUAUGGCUUUGUGGGGGGUUGAGGAGCUUGGAGUUUGGUGCAGAUAAGUAGCUUUUUGCUUGUUUUUGAAUGAACUCUUAAGGAUUGGUUGUUUUUGUUUGUGUUGAUUUUAUUGGGUACUUUUGUUUGCUGCUAGUUUUGGUGAAGCUUUGGGUGGGUGUCUAUGCGGGCAUGUGAAGAUUUUAUGCGUUUUGUGGAGUUUCUAAUUGGUAUUGAAAUUUUGGAAGUGGGUUUCCAAUUUGGUUUGAUCUAUGUGGGGAAAUGGGUUUGCUUGCUUGAUAGUUUGAAUAGUCCCAGGAAGGUUGACGGAGGAAUUUAAAUUGCUCUGGGAAGGAUAGUGUAUGAAGUUUGUAAGAAUGGCUUCAACAGAGUGGGAAAAACACACAAUCUAGGGUUUUAGGGGGAUGGGGUUUAAGGGUCUGAUCUGAAUUAUUGUUGGGAACAAGCAAUGGAUGGAAAUCUAUCACAAGGAGAUCUGAUUCCAGGUGGGGCUUCCUAUGGAGGCUUUGACUUGCAAGGUUCAAUGAGAGUUCAUCAUCAAGCACAACACCCUCAUCCAGGACACCAACAUCAAUCUCGUGCUCGCCAAGGUUCUUCGGUGCAUCCCUCGAUUCAUGUGGGUUUUCCACUCACAAUGGUAACCGUACAAAACAGCGAUCAAACCAUUCCAGUGGCAGAUUUCAAUAAGGGAGAGCGAAGCAAAAACUCAAUGAGUGAUGAGGAUGAGCCAAGUUUUGCUGAAGAGGGCGUUGAUGGUCAUAAUGAAGGAAACAGAGGGAAGAAGGGGUCCCCAUGGCAGCGUGUGAAGUGGACGGAUAAGAUGGUGAAGCUUUUGAUUACUGCUGUUUCUUAUAUAGGUGAGGAUGCUUCUCCAGAUUGUAGUGGUGGGGGGAGAAGAAAAUUUGUGGCCCUACAAAAAAAGGGCAAGUGGAAAUCUAUCUCAAAGGUCAUGGCUGAGAGGGGUUAUCAUGUCUCCCCUCAGCAGUGUGAGGAUAAAUUCAACGACCUAAACAAAAGAUAUAAGAGGCUUAAUGAUAUGCUUGGGAGGGGCACUUCUUGCAAGGUUGUUGAGAACCCUUCGCUUUUGGAUAUGAUAGAGUAUCUGACAGAGAAGGAGAAGGAUGAUGUUAGGAAAAUAUUAAGCUCAAAGCAGUUAUUCUAUGAAGAGAUGUGUUCUUAUCACAAUGGUAACAGAUUGCACCUGCCUCAUGAUCCAGAACUGCAGCGUUCAUUGCAUUUGGCUCUUAGAACUAGAGAUGAUCACGAUAAUGAUGAUGCAAGGAGGCACCAACAUGAUGAUCUGGAUGAAGAUGAUCAAGAUUUGGACACUGAUGAUCGUGAUGAUUUUGAAGAAAAUCACACUUCUCAUGGGAUGUACGGAGUGUUAGGGUCUGCAAAGAAAAUGAAACAAGGGCAUUCCCAUGAAGAUGUUAGUUUUGGGAAUUCCUUGAAUUCCCAGGACUACAACAAAAGUCCUUAUUCUCAUUCUCAAAUUGCCCAAGCUGAUAUGAAUCAAGCCUUGCCUGAGACCAUGAGACCAGCUUGGUUACAAAAGCAGUGGAUUGAGUCCCGUUCACUUCAAUUAGAAGAACAGAAGCUCCACAUUCAAGUUGAGAUGUUGGAAUUGGAGAAACAGCGCCUCAAAUGGAAGAGAUUUAGCGGGAAAAGAGACCAUGAGUUGGAAAAGAUGAGGCUGGAAAAUGAGAGGAUGAAACUUGAGAAUGAGCGCAUGGCACUAGAAUUGAAGCGAAAAGAAAUGAGUGCUGGCUUUAACUAGUUUCUUGCAAUAGCUACAUGCUUGAUAUAAUUCCUCUUGCUGCCGGUAGACUGCAGUUGGUUUUGAGGGGAGUAUUGCAUAUUGGACAGCGGAACCUUGUUGGCUGUCACCAAUGCUGCCUACUUAUUUUGUGUAAUAGUAGAGUAGUGACAAUACCAAUAGGCAAAUUCUCAUUCUUUUGCCUGAAGGGAAAUGGUAUUGUCUAUGGUUGAAGAGUUUUGUGGCUAGCAUUGUUUUUUAAUAUUUUUUAAGUUGGAUUUUUAAAUAUUUUACCUUGUUGUCCCUUUCUUGAAACUCAGCUAAUAUGAUUUUGUUUUUAGUGCU